AUGGCAAAUUAUUUUAGCUACCUUCCGAAUUCUCGAAUUGCCAUUAUAGGUGCUGGAGUAAGUGGCAUAGCCGCUGCAAAACAACUAUCCAAUUAUAACCCUCUUGUUUUUGAGGCCACUGAUUCCAUUGGUGGGAUUUGGAGGCAUUGUUCCUACAAAUGUACCAAGCUUCAGUCACAAACAUGGAACUAUGAGUUCAGUGAUUUCCCUUGGCCUAAAAGAGACAAUUCGGAUUUCCCUACACACGUGGAGGUUUUGGAUUACUUGCAUUCCUAUGCUGUGCAGUACGAUGUGCUCAAGUACAUCAAGUUCAACUCCAAAGUCAUGGAAAUCCGGUUUGUUGGGGACCCGCAAGAAGGUUCUGUUUUUGGAAAGUUACCUGGUGACCAUGGGAACCCACUUCCUGGUCGUCCUAUUUGGGAACUUGCUGUUCAGACCAAUGAUUCAGACACCAUUCAGAGGUACGCCUUCGAGUUUGUAGUGGUUUGUACUGGAAAAUAUGGGGACAUACCCUUGAUGCCAGCAUUUCCACGCAACAAAGGUCCUGAGGUGUUUAAAGGUAAGGUCCUCCAUACAAUUGAUUAUUGUAAACUUGACCAAGAAGCUACUACUGAACUUCUCAAGGGAAAGAAAGUUGUGGUGGUUGGUUACAAAAAGUCAGCUAUUGAUUUAGCUCUUGAGUGUGCUCAGGCAAACCAAGGACCUGAAGGGCAACCGUGCACCAUGAUUGUAAGGAGUUUGCAUUGGACACUCCCCCAUUAUCGGAUUUGGGGAUUCCCAUUUUUCAUGUUCUAUGCAACAAGAUCUUCUCAGUUUUUUCACGAAAGACCUAACCAGGGUUUACUUAGAGCCCUUCUCUGCUUCCUAUUUUCUCCGAUGAGGCUUGGGAUUUCAAAGUUUAUAGAGUCCUACUUGGUCUGGAAACUUCCUUUGGAGAAGUAUGGUUUAAAACCAGAACACCCCUUUGUGGAAGAUUUUGCAUCUUGUCAAAUUGCUAUCACUCCAGAAAAUUUCUUCUCUGAGGCUGAGAAGGGAAAAAUUGUCUUCAAAAAGGCAUCAAAGUGGUGGUUCUGGAAUGGAGGAGUUGAAUUUGAAGACAAUUCUAAAAUGGAAGCUGAUGUUGUGAUUCUUGCAACUGGUUUUGAUGGAAAGAAGAAGCUCAAAACCAUUUUACCAGAGCCUUUCCGUAGCCUGUUGGAGUACGCUUCUGGUAUCAUGCCCUUAUACAGGGGAACUAUCCACCCUUUGAUUCCAAACAUGGCCUUUGUGGGUUAUGUUGAGAGUGUUUCAAAUCUGUACACUUCAGAGAUACGCGCCUUGUGGCUAUCUGGACUAAUGGAUAAGAAAUUUAAGCUCCCGAGUGUUGAGAAGAUGCUUUCACAAACAUUUAAGGACAUGGAAGCAAUGAAAAGGUCGACCAGGUUCUAUACCAGGCACUGCAUUACAACUUUUAGCAUCAACCAUAAUGAUGAAAUAUGUGAAGAUUUGGGUUGGAAUUCCUGGAGGAAGAAGAACUGGAUAAAAGAGGUAUUCAGCCCUUAUAGAGGUGAAGAUUAUAAGAAGGAAGAUUGA